UCUCCACAGCAGGAUUAACCCUUCCAGUGAGGAGCAGGCACCCAUCCAGUCUCUCCGAGCACAGCAAAAGGAGCAGGACCACGGUCUGAAGAGGGAUGGUCUCUGCAGCUACGUUGAUUUAACAGCAAAUUUCACAAAAAUAGGCUCCUUUUGCACCGUCUGUCUGUGACUCGGAGCAUUCCAGGAGCUGCAAGGCACCAGCCAUGCUCCCUUCCCAGCCUCUCCUGCCCGCUGUGGUGUUUGCCCUUGUGGUCCUUCAGGCCCUGGCCUCUGACACCUUCAUUGCAGCCGUCUACGAGCACGCCGUCAUCCUGCCAGAUGCCACCAUACAGCCCGUGUCUCCCGAUGAUGCUUUGGCCCUGAUGAACAAGAACAUGGAUGUCUUGGAAGGGGCCGUCAAGGAAGCCUCCCAGCAGGGUGCCCACAUCAUUGUGACUCCUGAAGAUGGCAUUUACGGAUGGCGUUUCACCAGAGAAGCCAUCUACCCCUACCUGGAGGACAUCCCUGAUCCGGGGGUGAACUGGAUUCCCUGCACCGACCCCAAAAGGUUUGGUCCAGCUCCAGUGCAGGAGCGACUCAGCUGCAUGGCCAGGAAUAACUCCAUCUAUGUGGUGGCAAACAUGGGGGACAAGAAGCCCUGUAACUCCAGUGACCCCAGCUGCCCCAGCGACGGUCGCUACCAGUACAACACCGACGUCGUCUUCGACCCCGAGGGGAAACUGGUGGCUCGUUACCACAAGUAUAAUCUCUUUAUGUCAGAAACUCAGUUUAAUUACCCAAAAGAGCCGGAAGCCAUCACCUUUGAGACGCCUUUUGGGAAGUUUGGCAUUUUCACCUGCUUUGACAUCCUGUUCCGUGAGCCUGCCGUGGUCCUGGUGAGCGAGCUGCAGGUGGACACCGUGCUCUUCCCAACGGCUUGGAUGAACGUCUUGCCCUUCCUGACGGCAAUUGAGUUUCACUCGGCCUGGGCCAUGGGCAUGGGCGUCAACUUCCUGGCUGCCAAUACACACCAUACCAGCCUGUCUAUGACAGGGAGCGGGAUUUACGCCCCAGACGGAGCCAGAACAUACUACUACAACAUGGAAACUGAGGAUGGUCUCCUCCUCAUUGCUGAACUCAAUUCUCACCCUCGCCUUUCUCCUGCCUUCCCUCCUGCUGUCAACUGGAGCUCCUACGCUCGGAGUGGCCCAAGACCCCCACCAAACGACAAUGAUUUUGAAGGACUCAUCUUCCACGACAGGUUCACUUUCACGGAGCUCACUAAGACUGAGGGGGCUGUCGCCGUUUGCCAGAAGGACCUCUGCUGUUACCUGAGCUACAAGAUGAUAGGGAAAGGAGAAGAUGAAGUUUAUGUGCUGGGUGCUUUUGAUGGGCUUCAUGUCGUUGAAGGCCAAUACUAUCUGCAGAUAUGCACGGUGCUCAAGUGCAAGAGCCCAGACCUGAAGACGUGUGGGCAGCCGGUGGAGACGGCUCGGACCAAGUUUCAGAUGUUCUCCCUCAGCGGGACGUUUGGCACCAACUAUGUCUUUCCUGAGGUCUUGUACAGCGGGGUGCAGCUGGCCCCUGGGGAUUUCGAGGUAUUGAGCGAUGGGCGCUUGAUGAGUAAGACGAUACCAACAAAACCAGUCGUCACCGUGACGCUUUUUGGACGGUGGUAUGAAAGGGAUCAUCUGAAAGAAGACCCACAGCCAACAGCCCUCCCAUGAUAUUACCAUAACUGAACCUGUGCACUCUUCAUCUUAUGUCCAAGUGAGAUACAGCAUCCUCUGCUACAACAAUCCCAACUCUAUUUCCCGUUUCCAGUUACGCAAACUUCUUAUCAAGGUGCUUUGUUUCCUAAUAAUGCAGCAGUGUUAUUUUAUUGCUGCCAUUUAUUGAGAAGUAUCUAUUUCUGUAUCAGAGGAUUACUAAUCUUUUAUUAGCGCAAAAAAGGCAGUUGUGUUUCUUUCUCUGAUUUCUGGAUUUUUAUUUUUCUGGCCCUCGGAAAAUCUGUGUUGUGGGGCAGAGGAUCCAUUCCUAUUAACGUAGCAUUGCACAUUUUAAAUAAAACAGUGAAAAAUGUGA